AUGAAGUUUUCGCACAGCAUCCAGUUUAAUGCCAUUCCGGACUGGAGCGCCCACUAUAUAGCAUAUGAUAACCUCAAGAAACUUCUGGAAAAGCAAAUACAUCAUCCUGAGAGCCAUGGCGGCGUGGAUUCAGAGUCCUCCCCUCUUCUGGACUCGUCCGCUGUUGAUACCGACACCAUUUUUCGACGAGCGCUGGACGUAGAAUUGGAGAAAGUAUGCUCGUUUUACCAGAUCAAGGAGCUUACCGUCUUCGGCGAGGUAGAAGAUGUCGUCAAGGAACAGGCGCAAUACAAAGCUAGCACAGAUGGCGUGAAUAUGGAACCUGUGACUGAGACAGUAAUAAAAUCGCGAACAUUGAGCAACGGGUCACGUCCACGCACUGGAAGCAUUCUCCAAUCCCUGGGCUUGGGUUCCGUUCAUAAACGGCGCUCGAGUACCAUAACGGGAGACGAUGAUGAUGAUGACGACGACAACGAUCGUGAUAGCGAUGACCCGGAUUCGCCUACAGAUGAGAGACGCCCUGGGUCUCGCUCGCAGCAUUCGGAACGGUAUCAGGACGCUGGUCAUAGGUCCGAUGCGUUCCAGAGCGACAUGGGUGAUUCGCGAUUAUGGCAUAAUGGUAAUUCGCGGUUCGAGGAGGAUCAAUCAGAUCCACACUUCCUGCAUCUCUACAAUGCAGGUGUUGCUCUAAAGAAGCGAAUGAUUGACGUUUACGUUACUCUUUGCGAGCUAAAGUCAUACAUACAACUCAACAAGACGGGUUUCUCCAAGGCACUGAAGAAAUUUGAUAAGAUUUUGGAUCGCAGCUUACGGAGACCGUACCUUAAUGGGACCGUUUCGCCAGCUUACCCUUUCACCGAUACGACAUCGGAGCGCGUGGAUGAGAAUAUCCGCCAUGUGGAGCAGAUUUAUGCUGAUGUUGUUACUAGGGGCGAUGUGUCGCUCGCAAGGAGAGAACUCCGACUUCAUCUGCGAGAACAUGUUGUUUGGGAGAGAAACACUGUAUGGCGAGAGAUGAUUGGUAUUGAGCGUAAAGCCCAAGCUGCAAAUAUGGGAAUUCGCCGGACGUUGCUGGGAGGUGAUCCCGAUCCGUCUCUUGCACAGCGCCAGGGGGAUAUUGAAAGCAGAGGGAAAGAAUUGCAGACACCUCUUGGUCGUUAUUAUUUCCCCGCGUGGAUAUGCAGCCUGUCAUUCUUUUCCCUGCUUGCCAUCAUCAUCAUAUUUGCCGUCCUGCUCUCGGUGCCCAUCAUGGAAAAACCCGAGCAGCAAAACUGCUUGGCGAUGCUGGUAUUUGUUAGCUUGCUGUGGGCGACUGAGGUUAUUCCAUUGUUUGUAACAUCACUCUUAAUCCCUUUCUUGGUUGUUUUGCUUCGAGUCUUACGGUCAGAAGACAAGCCGCAUGCUCGGCUGACACCAGAUGUAGCAACCAAGGCUGUGUUUGCGUCUAUGUGGACAUCGGUCAUUAUGCUCUUGCUUGGAGGAUUCACUAUAGCUGCGGCACUGUCAAAGUACGACAUUGCACGCCGCAUGGCCACGUUUGUGUUGAGCAGGGCUGGAACGAGUCCUCGGGUUGUUUUGAUUACAAACAUGUUUGUUAGUAUGUUCUUGAGUAUGUGGAUUAGCAAUGUUGCUGCUCCGGUAUUGUGCUACUCGAUUAUACAGCCGCUCCUGCGCAACCUGCCACCAGAAUCGGACUUCUCCAAGGCCCUUAUUCUUGGAAUUGCGCUUGCAGCGAAUGUUGGAGGCGCAGCGUCUCCAAUUGCGUCGCCGCAAAACAUCAUUGCACUAGAGAAUAUGUAUCCCCCUCCUAGCCGGGGCACGACGAUUGUUCCGAUUCGCCCUGUCAAAGACCGUUUCACAGGCACACAGUGGUUUGUGACUCUCACGACACUCGCAACAAUCAUUCUAUGGUGCUUCAGCCACCAACUUGACACCGUAUUCGGCGACAUGGGCGUAAUCGCAAUCAUUCCCAUGGUCCUCUUCUUUGGCAGCGGUAUCCUAACUAAAGAAGAUUUCAACAACUUUCUCUGGACCAUCAUCAUCCUCGCCGCAGGCGGCCUUGUCCUUGGUAAGGCCGUGACUUCUUCAGGACUGCUGCACACUAUUGCAAAUGCGAUCACCGAACGGGUAGCUCAUUUCAGUCUGUACGGCGUGCUCCUGGUUUUCGCCGCCCUGAUCCUCGUCAUGGCCACUUUCAUCUCGCAUACUGUGGCCGCACUAAUUGUGCUCCCGCUUGUGCAGCAGGUGGGCGUUGGAAUGGAGAAUCCGCAUCCAAAUUUGCUCGUCAUGACAAGCGCGCUUAUGUGCUCGGUGGCAAUGGGACUGCCAACGAGCGGGUUCCCGAAUAUGAGUAUGCUCCCCUUCUUUUCUUCCUUUCGCUUGGCGGUCAGCUCUGCCAUCAUGAUGGAGAUUCCCGGAACAGGUCAACGCUACCUCCGUGUCGCCCACUUCCUGACUCGAGGCAUACCAGCCAGUCUUAUCUCGUUUGUCAUUGUUGUGACAGUUGGCUAUGUUUUGAUGAGUAUUGCCGGUCUGUAG